CAAAGCCAAACCCGAGCGCUCCUCCUCCUCGCAACCCCGAUUCACAAAGCCAAGCCCGACACAAACACCAAGCCACCGCCGCCUCCGCCUCCGCCGCCGAGAGAGAGAGAGGACCAGCCAGCGAUUCGCCGCCGUCAUCUCCAGCUUCUGCGGGAGCAACACCGCCAGCGCGCUCUCCCCUCCCCGCCACGCCUCGCCCAUUGGGAUUCGCCGCCCUCACCGCGAGCUCCCACGUCGAGGUCACACCUAGGGUUCCAUCGCCGCCGCCGCUGCCGCCAGCGAAGGAAGAGGAGGAUACAGCGAGAUGGCUGCUAGGCUUCUCGCGAAUCUCCUCGUCAUCGGCGGCACCGUGCUGGGCAGGGCCGCGGUCCAGGCGUAUCGCCAAGCCAUCGUCAAUGCAAACAAAACUGGAGCUGCCCAGGAAGCUAUAAAUGGUAUUCGAAGGGCCAGCAAGGCCAUGACUGAGCAAGAAGCCCGGCAAAUACUAGGUAUCAGCGAAAAGUCGACUUGGGAAGAGAUCGUCCAGAAAUACGAUACUAUGUUUGAGAGGAAUGCUAAGAAUGGGAGCUUCUAUCUCCAGUCGAAAGUUCAUCGGGCUAAAGAAUGUCUAGAAGCUGUAUAUCAAAAGCCCGACGUACCUAGCUGAGGUCGAGUAGCUUGCAUUUGAAGCGUUUGAGAUCUAUCUAAUUGAUCAACCUGCCAGUGUGGCUGAAGAUCGCGAUUAUUGUUAAUUGGUUGUAACGGGAUGUCACUUAACUUGGCAAUAAGUACUGUUCGACAAAAAAAAGAACACAAGUUCCACCGAUUUCCAUCCGCUGUACCUUUUGUGGUUCUCUUAGGUUGGAAUAUAUAAUGGAUGAAUCAUGACUGCGUUUCAUGAUGUAAUGGUCUUAUGGCCACUUGUAAUUGUUUGAUCCAGCAGCUAUCUGCGCUCAUGCUUGCUUCGUCCA